AUGGCCGAUUUCAUGAUCUACGGAGCCACUGGCUAUACCGGCCGCCUUGCAAGCGAAUACGCGAAAAGCAUCGGUCUCAAUCCCGUGUUAGCUGGAAGAAGCACCGACCGCGUUAAACAGCUCGCUGAAUCGCUUGGGUUUUCAUACCGCACAUUCGACGUCAACGAUGGCCAAGCCGUAGACGAUAGUUUGCGUGGCAUUCGCGUGCUGCUCAGUUGUGCCGGGCCGUAUUCACGUACCGCCGAGCCCCUGAUGGAUGCCUGUAUAAGAUCCGGGGUUCACUAUCUCGACGUAUCUGCUGAACUCAUCAGCUACCAAUUGGCGGAGAAGAAGAACGAUGCGGCAAGGGACGCGAAUGUUAUGCUUUUGCCGGGGUGUGGUGGCAGCGUGGCUAUGCUUGGCUGUUUAGCCGGACAUGCUAUCAAGACUAUCAACAAGGUGGCCAGUGUUGAUGUUGCGCUGUUCGUCUCCGGAUCAAUUUCGCGCGGUUCAGCAAUCAGCACAGCCGAAGGCGUCACAGCUGAGUGUCUAAAGAGACAAGACGGGCAAUUGAUCGAGCAGAAUGUCCAAGAUACGGCCGAGUUUGACUUUGACGACGGGAAAGGCUCAGUCAGCUGUUUUCCAGUGACGCUUCCGGACCUGCUCACUAUAUGGAAGUCGACCAAUAGUCCCAACAUAAAGACCUUUGUCCAUGUGUCUGACGGUGCUUUUCCAACGGGAGAUUUAGCAGCGCUGCCAGAUGGCCCUACGGCGGAGCAGAGGAAAGAACACCGAUACCAUGCUUCUGUGGUCGCCAAGGGAGAUGAUGGGAUCGUCAAGAAGGCUGUUCUUCAUACGCCUAAUGGAUACGAUUUUACGUCUGUGGCCUGUAUUGAGGCUGCGAGAAGGGCCUUGGAUGGGAAGGCGAAGGGAGGAUUUCAGACGCCUGCCAAUACUUUUGGUAGCGACUUUGUAACUACGAUUCUAGGAUCGACCCUGAAAGAUUUAUAA